CGGUCGACUUGCCGUUGAUAUCCGCGAUCCCGUCCAUGACGCUGCUCGUGAAGAAGGUGCUCCAGCGCGUCCCGGGCGAGCGCCUUGGCAUGACGCUCAUCUCGCUCAACCCGAAUGGCCCGGGCUCGGUCUUCGUCUCCUUCGUGCACCCAAGCACAGCAGCGGCCCGCGCCAACGUGUGCCCCGGCUGGGAAAUCCUCGAGCUGAACACGAAAGGCGUGGACACACUCACGGUCGAGAAGAUUGGCCAGUACGUGGCGGCGGAGAAGGGCCCGAUCACGGUCAUCUUCAACAAGGCGCAUUCGCCCGGCUACGACGAAUGGAAGAAGAAGAACAUACAGAGCAUCCAAAGCGUCUGUCGAAAGCGCGCCAUGGACAACGCGCUUGAAGCGCACGAGGCGGCAGAGGUUGCAGACGCGCCGACGAAGCGGCCGACGAGAGCAUCGCUCGCGAAAGCAGCACCUGCCACACAAGGCCCCGUGACGCGGUCGUCGCCUGCAAAGACAACGAAGAAGGCGAUGCGGUCGUCGCCGGAGCCCAAACAACAAACACGCAAGAAGCACGCACCCCAGCCGCCUCUCGAGCCCGAAUCCACGCCUCUGCAAGCUGUCGCCACGCCAGAGCCGAAAUCCAAGGUCAAGACUAAAGCAAAAGCGUCCGUGUCGUCGUCACCGCCGCCUCCAGAGAGCACACCGUCCAAGCGACCGGCGCCCCAGGUCCCUCGGGGCCAGCGACAGAUGAGCGAAUUCGUCGUCCCGAUGAGCGCCCCGUCGUCGCCCGAGCCUGAAGAGGUGAGUGGGCCCAGCCGCGGGUCCCGCGCCGAGAACGCCAAGAUGAACUUGGCCAUCCAGCGGCUCAUGGGCAUGGGCUUCAAGCGCGACGACGCAAUUUUGAGCUACGAAAAGACGGGCAGCGGCACGGUCGACCAAUGCAUGCUCUGGCUCGUCUCGUACAUCGAAGAGCGCAAGUUUCUUGAAGACCUCAACAAGGCGCAGAUCGCCUCCGAGCUUCAGAAACGCACUGACGACUCGCAGCUCAAAGAAAAGGCACAGGAGGAACUGCGUGCCACAACGACGUUGCGCAGUCUCUUUCCCGAGUCGGUCGUCUUUGCGGCCACGAGCCAGUUGGAGGCCUUCCAGCGCUUCAUUGAAGACGACUUGACUCGCGUCUGUGCCGAGAACCAGCUGCGCACGCUCGUGGCCGAGCUUCUGACGCUCGAGGUCAAAGCUAAAAGGUGGUUUGGCCGCCCCGCCGAGUGUUACGUCGUGCAGCUCUUCGAGACGUUGACGCCGAUUCUGACGGCCCAUGCGCCCCGGGCGUGCUGCUGCCACCUGGCGGCGACGACGUCUUCGUGCGCGCUCGUGGCCGGCGUCGCGGCCGAAAUCGCCGCCCUGAAGCAUCAUUUAUACGCGAUGCCCUCCAACACGGGUGGCAUCCCAGAGGCCUUUCUCCAGGCCGACGAGAGCUUGCGGUAUACGCUGGACGACGACGGCUUCGAAGUGCUCGACGUCGCCAAGAGCAGUGACGACGACGACGCAUAAUGAGUCGACCACUUGUCGUUCGUCGUCUCUUGUU